AUGUGCGAUGAGCAAGAGAUGUGUGAUGAGCAAGAGAUGGGCGAUGAGCAAGAGAUGCAUCUGAGAUGGUGCUGGUUACAGGUUUUCCAGGGCGGUGAGGGCACUGAUGCUGUCGGGCAGCGGGCCAGAGAUGUUAUUUCGUGCUAUGCUCCUGGGGCAGGGGAGGGUGGGUGGGGUUGGCGGUGGGAAGGGAAGGGAGACCGGAGAUCACAUAAGAGGGAGGGGAGGGUUUUAUCAGUGGACAGAGAAGGUGGGCGGGGGAGGGAGGAGAUGGGCGUGGGAGGGAGGAGAUGGGCAUGGGAGGGAGGGGAUGGGCACGGGAGGGAGGGGAUGGGCAUGGGAGAGAGGAGAUGGGCAUGGGAGGGAGUGUAG